AAUGUGAAAGGAUUUUUGUGCCAUGCAUUCAAGUAGCCAUCGCAUUCCCUUUCCCCCACACAGUAGCCUGUGCUAAAAACGUUAACAAAAUCCCUUCAGUAAGCACCCGAACAUUUCACACUUGGAAUUACAGCAGACAGGCAGCAAUCAUGGCGAAGAAGGAGGAACCCAUCAUGGAUGGACCCAAGCGAAUGCAGAAUGAACUCAAACUGAUGAUCGAGGAUACGCAGUUGCUGCAAUUUCGCUGCUUGGAGGUCGAACCCGACAAUAUCUUCAAGUGGUACGGCCUGCUGAUGCCCAUCAGUGCGCCCUACGACAAGGGGGCCUACAAGCUGGAGAUAGACUUUCCAGAGCAGUAUCCCUUUAAGCCGCCACGGCUGCACAUCAACACAAAGAUCUAUCAUCCGAAUGUGAAUGAGCGCGGACAGGUGUGUCUGCCCAUCCUGGAGAGCGAGCACUGGCUGCCCACGUCCCGCAUUGAGGCGGUGCUGAAUUGCCUGCUGGCCACCAUCAACGAUCCGCAGCCGGACAAUGCCUGGAGCAUGGACAUGGCCAAUGAGUAUCGCAAUGAUCCCAAGAAAUUCUACAAAAUAGCCGAUGCCUGGGUGGAGCGUUACAGCGAGCAUCGACCGACAGAUGCUGAACUUGUGGCUUUUGCUCGCAAGCGAAAGAAGGGAAUGCAGAAGAGUUAGUUGAAAGAAGGAGGAAAACGG